AUGAGCAGCCUGAAGAUCAGCAAAAAGCACCACAAACAUUUGAACAAUCCUUUCCCUGGGGCACCUAUAUCUCUCCCGCUCAUCCAAGGAAAGCUCCUCUUCAAUUCCUCUUUAAUUCCCCAGCGUUUUCCAAUCGGAAACGAUUUCGAGGUCUCUUGGAACAGCAGCGAGGGCGGGUCUCUUUCCAUUUCACAUCGAUCGCAGCCCAAUAGAUCCAUAUGGUCCACCAUUCCCGGUCAAGCCUUUGUCUCUGCAGCGGUGGCUCAAACACGGGUGGAAGAAAGCAGGGGUUCUUUCGUGAUCCAUGACACGAGUGUUGAUCUGGUUUGUCAUCACCAAACCAUUCAAGAUAUAACUCAGUUUGAUCAUGCUUCUUCUUCUUCUUCAUAUUCUCAAGGUACCCAAUUCCCUCUUGUCCUUGUAACUGGCUGGGUUUUCAAUACGGGACCUUCUACUUGUACUUGUGCAAAGUACUGGGUUUUGUUUGAACAGAAAUGCAGCCACCAAAUUGGGUUCCAAGUGAAGCUUGGAACACCCAACUUUGAAUUUCCUUUUAGAACAAGGCUUAGGUGGGUUUGGUCCUUCACGAGGCCCAGAGAGGCUCAACAAUUCAAAGAAUUCAACAGGGUGUGCCUGACGUAUUCAAGUGAAGAAACGGAGAGGUUUUAUGGGUUCGGGGAGCAAUUCUCUUAUAUGGAUUUUAAGGGCAAAAGGGUGCCCAUUCUUGUUCAGGAACAGGGUAUUGGGAGAGGGGAUCAGCCUAUCACCUUUGCAGCUAACUUAAUCAGUUACAGGGCUGGGGGUGAUUGGAGUACAACCUAUGCUCCUUCCCCAUUCUAUAUGACUUCAAAGAUGAAAUCUCUUUACCUUGAAGGAUAUAAUUAUUGCGCAUUUGAUCUAACACAACAUGACAGAGUUCAGAUACAGAUACAUAAAAAUUCAGUAGAAGGACGGAUAUUGCAUGGAAACUCACCAACUGAGCUCAUUGAAUGUUUCACUGAAACCAUUGGGAGACCUCCUAAACUUCCUGACUGGAUCAUUUCUGGAGCUGUUGUUGGCAUGCAGGGGGGCACAGAAUCUGUACGUCGUAUUUGGAAUGAGCUUAAGAGUUACAAUGCUCCAGUAUCAGCAUUUUGGUUGCAGGAUUGGGUGGGCCAGAGAGAAACCUUGGUUGGAUCACAGCUCUGGUGGAAUUGGGAAGUAGAUUCAACAAGAUAUACAGGAUGGAAGCAACUGAUUAAAGAACUUAGUGCUCAGCAUAUUAAAGUGAUGACGUACUGCAACCCAUGUCUCGUUCCGUGUCAUGAAAAGCCAAACAGAAGGAGAAACCUCUUUGAGGAAGCAAAGAAGUUGAACAUAUUAGUGAAAGACAAGCAAGGAGAACCUUAUAUGGUUCCAAAUACAGCUUUUGAUGUAGGAAUGUUGGACUUGACACAUCCAGAUACUGGAAACUGGUUCAAGCAGAUUCUUCAGGAAAUGGUUGAUGAUGGAGUCAGAGGAUGGAUGGCUGAUUUCGGUGAAGGCCUGCCUGUGGAUGCCACCCUCUAUUCAGGUGAAGAUCCUAUUUCAGCACACAACAAGUACCCAGAGCUAUGGGCCCAAUUAAAUAGAGAGUUUGUGGAAGAAUGGAAAGCUAACCGCGUGGGAAAGGAGAAAGAUCCACAAGAGACCUUGGUGUUUUUCAUGAGGGCUGGUUUCAGAGAUAGCCCCAGAUGGGGAAUGCUAUUUUGGGAAGGAGAUCAGAUGGUAAGUUGGCAGAUUCAUGACGGAAUAAAGAGUGCUGUUGUUGGUCUACUCAGCAGUGGAAUGUCAGGGUACGCUUUCAAUCACAGUGAUAUUGGAGGGUACUGUGCUGUAAAUUUGCCUUUCAUCAAGUAUCAAAGAAGUGAAGAGUUGCUUUUGCGAUGGAUGGAACUGAAUGCUUUCACCACUGUUUUCCGAACACAUGAAGGAAACAAACCAUCUUGCAACAGUCAAUUCUACUCAAAUGAGAGAACUCUAGCUCAUUUUGCACGAUUUGCUAAAGUCUAUAAAGCUUGGAAGUUCUAUAGAAUUCAGCUCGUCAAGGAAGCGACUCAUAGAGGUCUGCCUGUAUGCCGGCACUUAUUUCUGCAUUACCCUAAUGAUGAACAUGUUCAUAAUUUGAGUUACCAGCAGUUCUUGAUCGGUACUGAGAUUUUGGUGGUGCCUGUCCUGGACAAAGGUAUGAACAAUGUGAAGGCUUAUUUUCCAACUGGUAAUAGUUCUUGGCAACAUGUAUGGACUGGAAAGCAGUUUACUGAAGAGGGUUUUGAAACCAUAGUAGAAGCUCAAAUUGGUUAUCCUGCUGUAUUUUUUAAGACUGGUUCCAUUGUUGGAGAGACGUUUUUGAAAAAUCUUAGAGAUUUGAAAAUUCUUUGAGGAAAAAGUCAGGCCAUUCAGAUUAUAUGGUUUUUAGCGUUUAUAUAAUGCCUUUCUAGUAAAGGUUCCCUUAUUUUUGGCAAUUGUUGAAGGGAUUGCUGACAGAUGCUUUGAACAUCUGCACAAUGUGAGUUACUGCCAUUCUUGUG